UCAAAUAAGAGAAGAAGAGGAAAAAAGAUAACAAUAGGAAUUUCAGGAGGGAAUUCUUUUUCAGCUGAGCGUAACUUUUUCUUUUUACAAUUAAAAGAACAACACAAUCAGCUUAUAGAUAAACGUUCCCUACUGGAACAGCAUGGAGGGUCCCAUGAUAUCCUUCUCGUCUAUGAGUCUCCUGGUACCCCCACUGCGGCUGAUGUCGGCUCUGAUGUGGGAAGUGGUCCGUCAGAGGAACGUCCGUCAAUAUGGGAGAGUUGUUGAGUUUGUGUAUCUGGUCACUGAAGCAAUUCCGGAUAUUUGGACCGAAAGACAGACUCAACUUCUCAUCCUGGCUUUAAGGGCAAAGGUUAUUCUGGUGAAGUUGCAUUCGGAGCAGGCAGAAGAUCUCAGCAGUGUUGAAGCACAUCUGCAAAGACUCAGAUCUUCUCCCAGUGAACAGGCUCCGGAGGCGAACUUUGCGAAGCUAGUUCAAAGGCUGAUAGAGGACCCAGAGAGAAGAAGGCAUUUCUACAAGAACGUGUAUCCUGUGGAGUUCGGACCGGACUUUGACUGGGCGCUGGAGGUCCUGCUGUUCCGGUUCUUCACCACACUGGAGGGGCGGACUCCAGUCCCUGACUUCAGACAGGCUGCAGUGUGGAUUAAAGAUGCACCUGCAGGUCUAGCAGAGCACAUGUGUGAUGAAGACGACCUUAAAGUUCUCCUUAAGAGCAAACUGUGUCAUCAGAGAUCAGCCGAGAUGAGUACAAAAACAUCCCUGAAUCCAUCCGAACGGCAUCUCCUCAGGACUCUCUCUCUCCCUCCCUCACCGAAACAGACGGACACAUCCAACCUCGACCGCUUCAACACCGAGCAACAAAUCUGCUCUGCCAACAUCCAAGACACAAGUAUAACAGACACAGAAGUGCCGGCUGAAACCCGACGUGAUCCUGAGGAAGAGGAAGCGCCAACCGUCUCCACGGCGGGUCCGUCCAAUCGCGGCUCUUCCUCGUCCCAGGGCCUCGUGGCUCCCAGCGCUCUGAUCAGUGCGCCCCGGUGGCAGGUCACCCACAAGUGCCGCCGAUGCGGGCGUUACUUCAUCUACCGCCAUGAGCUGCUGGAGCACCAGAAGCUGCACACCGGGGAGCACCCCUACAAGUGCUCCCAGUGUGGGAAGGUCUUCCAGGGGACCGGCGGCCUCGCCGCCCACCGGCGCACCCGGUGCACCAGGGCGGCCUACCCCUGCGUCAAAUGCGGCACCGACUUCAAAUCAAUCCGUGAGCGGCUCAGGCACAAGUGCGCCAAGGAGACGCCCCAAACAUUAGGGUGUCCCCAGUGCGGGAAAACGUUCCAGAGGAGGGGCGUGAUGGAGAAGCACCAGCUCACACACACCCAGGCCCGUUGCCUGCAGUGUGGCGAGACAUGCGCGGGGAGGAGUGAGCUAAGAACACACAAGGUCCGGGUCCACGCGAACACGCAUAUCUGCGAAAGCUGCGGCAAAGUCUUCAAGGGGAAGCAGGAUCUGAAGGCCCACAUGCGCUGCCACACUGGGGAGCGGCCGUUCCAGUGCACGUACUGCGGGAAACGAUUCUCCACGGGCGGCUACCUGACCGUACACAUGCGCAUCCACACUGGAGAGAAGCCAUACUUGUGCGCCGACUGCGGGACGGCCUACAGGACGGCGGGCCAGCUGCAGAGCCACCGGCGCAGCCACACGGGAGAGAAGCCGUACAAGUGCGCGGUGUGCCCCCGGGCGUUCACCAACACGGCCAGCCUGCAUCAGCACAAGCGCGUGCACACGGGUGAGCGACCCUUCCAGUGCACGUACUGCGGUAAACGAUUCUCCAUGCAAGGCAGCCUGACCGUACACGUGCGCAUCCACACAGGGGAGAAGCCGUACUCGUGCGCCACAUGCGGGAAGGCCUUCGGGUCUGCGGGCGACCUGCAGAUCCACCGGCGCGUCCACACGGGUGAGAAGCCGCACAAGUGCGCGGUGUGCACCCGGGCGUUCGUCACCGGGAGCCAGCUGAAAGCGCACAAGCGCGUGCACACGAGGGAGCGGCCGUACGUGUGCCUGCUGUGCGGCAAGGGGUUCUCGACGAACGCUGACCUGAAGCAGCACACGCUCAACCACUACGGGGUGCGGCCCUACGCCUGCCAGCUGUGCUCCAAGGCGUACUUGUGCCUCAACCACCUGAAGAGACACCUGACGACACACACCGCUUCGAGCGAACCGCUCGAGAUCCACACCCGACCACAGCCCUCAAAGUGCUCCGACUGUGGGAUUGCCUUCCGCAUCGGGGAACCCGCUGACUCACCACGGGUCACAGGCAGUUUUGAGACAUCCCUGGAGAAGUUGAACCACUGUUGUCCCAAAGAAUUCAGCGUCCCAUUGUCCUCGCUAGGACUUCUGGUUCCUCCGCUGCGGCUGAUGUCAGCAGUGAUGUGGGAGGUGGUCCGCCAGAGGAACGUAAAGCACUACCAGAAGCUGGAAGAGUUUGUAUCCAUGGUAACAGACGCUGUUCCCGAACUCAUGAGCAAACGGGAAGGACGGCUGCUGUCUCUGGGCCUGAGAGCCAGGACCACUCUGAUGCUGUUGCCUUCAGAGCACCCAGAAGAUCUGAAGGCCGUGGAGAUCCACCUGGACAGAAUACGGUCCUCCUGCAUAGAAGAGAUAAAUGACAACAUCAUUGACGCACCAGAAGCAAACUUCAUGAGGCUUGUACAAGGUCUCAUCGAGGACAAUGACGGAAGGGAACAUUUUCUUAAGAACAUCUUUCCGAUGGAGUACGGCCCAGACUUUGACACAGCACUUGAGACUCUGGUCUGUGAGUUCUUCAUCAGACUGGAGGAGCUGCUUCCAGUCCCAGACUUCAAACAGACAGCCUCCUGGAUAGGCGCUGAGCCGUCAGUACUAGAGGAGUACAUGCAGUGUGUGUCAAACGGGGAUGACCUCAAAUUUCUUCUCCAGAGCAAACAAUGCCAUGGGAAACUGGCAAAAAGUGGAAUUGCUCAGUUUCAUUCAGACGAUCUCCUAGUUCCCUCCAUGUCUCUGCCGCCCUCGCUGGAGGUCGCCAUCACGUCCCACGCCAGCGACGACGAGAACAACGAGGUCCCCCAGAUCGUGAUGUUCGAGGAAGAGCUGACCACCAACUCCCACGUCGCCUCCACGUCCGCCGACUUCCCCGACUCUCCCAAAGAGCAGGACGCCGUACCGUCCCCUCGGCGGAAGCAGCAGUCGGGGAUGCACCAAUGUCCCGAGUGCGACAAGUGUUUCAAGCACCACUCGGUCCUCGUCGAGCACCAGCGGGUGCACAGCGGACUGCAGCCCUAUAACUGCUCCGAGUGCGGCAGGGCCUUCCGCACUGCCACCCUGCUGGCCGGCCACCGGUUGCGCAAGUGCAAGAAUGCGGCCUACCUGUGCAUUAAAUGCGGGAACAGUUUUCCCACCUCCCUGGAGAAGUUCCGACACCAGUGCCCCAAGCGAGGUCAGAGUUACGAAUGCGCUCACUGCGGGAAGAGCUUCCAGAAGUCCAGCAGCCUGAAGGAGCACCUGCUCACACACGUCCAGAGCCGCCUCUUCAAGUGCAGCCACUGUGGCGACGGCUUCCCCGGGAUUGGAGAGCUGAAGUACCAUCAGCAGGUGGACCACGACAAGCCUUAUCAGUGCAAGCAGUGUGGGAAGAGCUUCAUCUCCUCCAGGUGUCUGAUUAAGCACCAGCAGCGGCACCAAGAGGCCGGCGAGGUCCAUGGCGGAAAAUCCAUCAGCGGAAGCAAGCACAGGAAAAUCAGCACCUCUCACCGGAGCUCCUCUGGAUCCUUGUCCUCUCGGAAGAAUGCGGUAAAAUCCGCCUACCCACACGCACGGGUCACCCACAACUGUCCGCAGUGUGGGAGGAGCUUCAAGUAUCGCUUUGAGUUCCUGGAGCACCAGCGGUUCCACACGGCGGUCAAGCCUUACAAGUGCUCUCAGUGUGGCAAAGCCUUCCGCACCGAGGCCCACCUCUCGGGCCACCGCAAGAGGAAGUGCAAAAACGCCUCUCACAUCUGCACAAAGUGCGGCUGCCAGUUCAGGUCCCUUCAUGAGCGCGUCAGGCACCAGUGCAUGCAGGUGAUGACCAAAUAUGAGUGUUCCCACUGCGGUAAGACCUUCAAGAUGGCCCACCUUCUGAGGAACCACCAGAUGAGUGAGCAUCAGCUGCCCUACAGCCCCAACCACCGCUUCCGGUGCAGGUACUGCGACGUGACCUUCCCCGGCAUCAGCGAACUCAAGUACCACCAGAGGGUCGACCACGACAAGCCAUAUCAGUGUCAGGAGUGCGGCAAGAGCUUCCUCUCCGAGAAGUGCCUGUCCAACCACGAGCAGCGGCACAACGACGACCGACCCGAGAACUGCCCUGUCUGCCGCCGCGGCUUCAGGAACCGCUACGACCUCAAGCAGCACAUGCGCACGCACACGGGCGAGCGCCCGUACCAGUGCACCCACUGCUCCCAGUGCUUCUCCACGGCGGGGGGGCUGAAGAGCCACACCAGGGUGCACACGGGGGAGAAGCCGCACGUCUGCCCAGAUUGCGGCAAGGCCUUCUCCCAGAUGGGCGCCAUGCGCACGCACCGGCUCACCCACACCGGGGAGCGACCGUUCAAGUGCGCAGUGUGCGGCAAAGGGUUCACCAUGGCGCACAAGGUCACGGUGCACAUGCGCGUUCACACCGGGGAGAGGCCGUACGUGUGCUCCCAGUGCGGGAAGGCCUUCUCGGACGGCAGCGUGCUGAAGCAGCACAUGCUGAAUCACUCUGGCGUCCGGCCGUACCACUGCCAGAUCUGUCCCAAGACCUACACCUGCCUGAACCACCUGAGGAGGCAUCUCAAGAGCCACUCGAACCCCAACUGACUUUGUUCAAUGUUAGCGGAGCAUUUGUGAGACUGUGUGGUCUGUUAGACGGUUGGUCAAACCCAACUAGCUGGCUGAACGAUGACGGUGGGAAAAGGGCAAUGAAUGAGAUACCGACAUAUAAACCACAGGCAAGGUCGUAUGUCAGAUGGUUUUGUGAGAUUGACUCGGACCAAUGAGAUAACCACGUCGAGUGGAUGUAGAAUUUGACUUUGGUUACUAUUGGUCCUUGAGUUCCUCUUGUGGACUGAAUUGGAACGUCAAUGGUAUUUGGUCUAGGAAUAUACAAGCCCUCAGAAUCAAAGUGUUAGAAAGCCAUUCUGUUUCUCAUUAAUCAGGGUUGUUGUUUUUUAUAACUGAAUCAUUCACAAUAGCAUUUAGAGGUCAAAUGACGUGCUAACGAUAAUAGUCCUAAUGAUGUGUUUUACUGGCUGCUGUCCAUCAACAAGAUGGUACUUCAUACAGGUUCUGUAUGAAUUGUGCAUGUAGUUGUCCCCACUACAUCAUAGGAGAAGUCAGUUAGGGUAAUACAUGCCAGUUAGGAUAAUGCAACACUGGGUUCAGAUGGACGGAUGAUCAUUAAGAAUACAAGUUAUUCCCAAGUGAAUCAAUAAAGAAUUAAUCUUAUUAAUGUUAUUUUUGCUUUGAAAUUGAUGAGAAUAAUACAAAUAUAUUUUUGGAAAUAGAUUUGAGGAUUUUGAAUAGUAAGUAACCGAAGUAACAAAUGCAGAAUGUUUAUAGUUCAAAACCAUCAGUGGUAUUGUUGCUGGAUUUUUUUGCCAGCUAUGUUUGAUGGGUAUGUGUAUUCCCAAAUAAAUGUACAUUGUCCUUAAUGUGUGUGUCAACAAACGUUUGUGGUUCUUAAUUUUACCAUAUGUCGGAGAGUUGUAUCCAAUUAGGACUGCUCCAGGGUUUAAAUGCCUUGUUCUGUGAGCCAAUAGGUUUUUUUGGACCCUUGCACAAAAAAGUGUGCCAUUGGCAACCACAAAAAAUAAAUAGGUUAUAAAUGAAGCAAUGUUAUAUUUGGACGUAAAAAUAAACCAAGCAAUAACGUGUGUCAGACAAUAACGCGUGGAUCGUGGCCUACUCAUACUCAAAAUGUUUGAUUAAUGCUUACAUUUUCCAGUUACUUGUAAAAUACAUCCAAGUAUUACAAUCACAUAGCUAGGUUUAAUGCUUGCUUUCAUGUAUCAACGUACAAAAAGUAUUAAAAAAAACUUGAUUUGUCCUAGGCCUAAAUUGUCGAAACAAUGUGUUAUGAAAUUAGAGAAAAUACCAAACAGUAAUUAGGAUCGGAUCCUGAGUGUGUGAGUUCGAGAACGG